AUGAAGAAAAGCUCCAAGAUUUCAGAGGAACGGGAAUGUCCCUUAGACAAAGAUGAACUCGGGAAUGCCACAUGGAAAUUUCUUCACACAAUGGCUGCUUAUUACCCGGAUAGCCCCACGUCUGCGCAACAACAGAACAUGUCGAAUUUUUUCAAGCUUUUCUCUCGGUUUUAUCCCUGUGAUUUUUGCGCAGCUGAUUUCCGUGAUUCACUGCGAGAAUUUCCUCCCGUGACGAAAAAUCAGAAGACGUUGAGUUUAUGGCUUUGCGAGCGACACAACGAAGUUAACGAGAAGUUGGGAAAACCGCUGUUCGACUGUUCUAAAGUUGUCGUCAGUCUCGCUGUAGCAGUAAAGGAGAUUGUGGAGAAUUCCCUUGAUGCCGGUGCGACAAAUGUCGAAAUCAAAUUUAAAGACCGAGGCUUGGAUUCUAUAGAGGUUUCCGACAACGGUUGCGGAAUUCAUGAAAAUGAUUUCGAAGCUCUGGGAGUAGAGACGUAUGGAUUCAGAGGAGAGGCGAUCAGUUCAUUGUGUGCCUUGUCAGAAGUAACUGUGAUUACGAAGCACAAGGCAGCUGCACGUGCUUCAAAAUUGGUUUAUGAUCGUCAUGGAAAAAUUUCCGAACAUGUCGUUGCGUCUCGACAGGUGGGCACGACGAUAACACUUGCCAAACUGUUUGAAACGUUCCCCGUGAGAAGACAACAAUUCAUGAGCUGUCUGAAAAACGAAUUUGCAAAAGCUGAAGAAAUCCUAAUCGGCUAUGCUCUCGUACGAAACGGAGUCAGAUUCUCUUGUUCAAACGUCCAUUCGAACGGGAAACUUUCCCCGGUGUUGCGAACGCAAGGAAGAGGAUCCAUGAAAGAAGCUAUUGUGGAAGUUUUUGGACCGAAAUUGGCCCAAACUGUGAUCCCGUUUGUCCAAAUACCUCCUACCGAAGACAUUUUGGGGGAGUACAAUUUGAGUAAUCAUUCCGGCGAGGUUUCAGAUCUGUUCUCUGUUGAGGGAUUCGUGUCGAGCUGUCGACACGGCGAUGGGAGAUCGGCUCCCGACAAGACAUACUUUUUUGUAGAUUCUCGUCCUUGUGAUCUGCCAUCCAUCGCUAAAGUGAUCCGAAACGUGUAUCAGCAGUUCAACAGGAAUCAGUAUCCUUUCGUUUGUUUGAAUAUCGCUGUGAAGAAAGGAGCUGUGGAUGUGAAUGUAACGCCGGACAAACGGAAGGUUAUGUUGCAUCACGAGAAACUUUUCUUGGCCACCGUGAAGUCGUCGUUGAUCGAAAUGUAUCAGAAUAUUCCAUCACAAAUUCCCACGAUCGACAGCAGCCGCACAAUUCUCGAUGUCACUUCAACUAAAAGCACCAACGAAGAGAAUAGUGAAGAAAAGCUAACUUUUGCUGCAAGUAUUGCUUCUAGGUUUAGCUCAUCGUCUCCUGGUCAUCGUUUCUCGUCGGAGCGGAAGCGAUUGUCUGUGAAUACGCUUGAAUUCCGUGCCAAGGAAAAUUCGAAACAAAGAAAAUUGGACACGUAUUUUGGGAAGUGCGACGAUUCCUCAUCCAAGGCACAGACUGAAGUGGAUCAGGUUUUUGGCUGUACUGGUUCCCAACGAAAUAAUUCGUCAAAGAACAGAUUUUCUGCGUUUGCGUGUUCAGUGGAUGAAUUUGUUUCCGCCGAUCAACGUACAAUCACUCUUAAUGAAGCUUCUACGUCCGAAAUCGAACGUGCAUCCACGAAUGAACAAACCUAUGUGGAAGAAAGAUCAGAAAAUACCCUGGAAUUCCGAAUGCUGUCUGAAUCUUCGGAUAUUUCGAAAAUUAGUUUACCCGAGAUAGUUUUCAAAAUCCUUGGGAAAUCUUGCGAAAUGGAAAGUGGACCGAUCUUAUCGGAUAAGUUCGUCAGGGUGUCUUCUUGCGAAGAGGAUGAUAAAUUGUUUGAUCUCAGUGGAGAACACGCUUCAGAGGGAAGGAGAAUGAAUGGCUGUGCUGCUGACAUGGUUCUGAACAUCAACCUGGAAGAAAUAUCCGAGCUAGUGAGAAGUUCAUCUCUCGUCUCGCAGUCAGACAGUGGAUGUCAAUUGAAAUUUAGGGCAAAAAUAGAACCUGGUCAAAAUGUAAGCGCGGAAGAAGAACUCAAGCGUGAAUUGUCGAAAGACUCUUUCAAGAAGAUGAAUAUUGUCGGGCAAUAUAACAAAGGCUUUAUUGUUGCCCUUUUCGGAGACGACCUAUUCAUUGUGGACCAACAUGCGAGUGACGAGAAGUGGAAUUUCGAGCAGCUGCAGAAGAAGACGAAGAUAAGCGGACAAAAGUUGAUGGCGCCAAUAAAAAUGGAGCUUACGUUGAGCAAUGAGGCCAUCCUGGUGGACAAUCUACUCUGUUUCCAAAAAUUGGGCUAUGAUUUCUUGAUCGACGAUGACGAACGCGUUGGUCGCCGAGUGAAAAUAGUCCAAGUCCCGCACAGUAAACAAUGCGUUUUCGGCGUCAAGGAAAUCGAAGAGAUGAUUUUUCAGUUGGGCGGUGGUUCGGAUGACGGGGAUGAUGUCAGAACGAUUUGGACUGGUAGCUGCGGACCAAAACCAGCUGCCAUGUGGCGUAUGUUUGCAUACCGAGCGUGUCACACGGCUGUGAGAAUCGGGAUGGAUUUGCGAUUCAGUGACAUGAGAAGAAUUCUAGACAACAUGUCGUCCAUGGACAGUCCUUGGGACAGAUUGAGGGAUUCCUACUUGUUCCUUCCUACAAAUGUAGGACUGUCCUCAUGGUCGUCCAACGAUCCGGCACAUGUUCAACCUCCAAAUGUUGAAGGAAGACACCGAGGGAAUUUGAAAGACAGGUCACUAAUGAAAAUAUUGUAG